AUGGAUUCCGAAGCUCCCAUCAACGCAGGUCACAGAUUUGUCGUAGAGGCAGAGAAUUAUGAGGACAACGAAAACUGGUUAAAGGCAGCGGAAGCUCAUACGAAAGCAGCAGAGCAGUUUGAGAUUGCUAUUCACGACUCUGUUGAAGACGAGGCCAUAAAAACACUCAGGCUAUUAUCGUCAAAUCACCAAAAGAAAGCAAACGAGUUGAAUCGCAAAGCACAAAGACUGAUAAAAGCAGCGGCAAAGAGCCGGAUGCAUCAAAUGGUUGGAAGCAGAGGUGGUCUUCGUAAUGCGCUAUCUUCAUCACAACAACAUCAACACCAGCAUUAUUAUCACUCAUCACAAGAGUAUGGAAACGCUUCCACGAGCAACAGCAGCAGUAUUAUCUCUAGAUUAGCAGGCAUCCAUGCAUCUACCGUUGACAGCGGCGAUAUUGGUGAAUCGUACACUUUAUUACCCAGCAUUGAACGACAAGAGCUCGAUUUUCUCAAGUUCUUUGAAUCAGUCAACCAACUUGUAGAAAACGUCUGCAAUCCAGCUGUUGCAUUCACAUCAGCACCUUUAAAUGAGAACGAUAUCCCGAUACCAGACGAAGUAGAUGUAGACCAAAGUUCCACCAUUCUGCAGCAAUCACACAACACAAACGCCACGAUGAUGGAUUCUUAUUUUAUCGUAACAGAUCCAAAAGAGGAAUCCAUGGUCUCUACAAUUCAAAAGAAAAUGGGAUCACUAUCUAUCAAUGAUGCCACUGCUCCCAACAUUAUAGAUAGUUGUAAACUAGAGAACGAGAAGUUACGAGUCCAAUUAGCCCAUCUAAAAAAACGGUUAAAGUCAUUGCAAAUGUCGGCGGAAGAAAACAACAUGCUCAAGAGCAGUGUGCUGCAAUUCAGAGACGAUGUCCACAAGCAAGCAAAAAGAAUUAUGCAAUCACAUCACGAAUCCUCUAUGCGAGCCUCCGCGUCGCUCAUAGCAGGAGGAGUAGGAGCAGCAGGGCCCAAUAUCAUGCAUGGAUCUCGACACUCCCCAUUGGCAAUUGGGAACGGCAAUGGGAGUCAUGAUUUAGCUUCUCGCUUGAGAGAUUUGGAGGAGGAAAAUAAGCAAUUAAGGCUACAAAACGAGAAGCAAAAAGUGCUGGUGAAUAGAUACAAGGAGAGAUGGGAAAUACUGAAAGCCAAUGCUAAAAAGAGAAGAGCACCAUCGUCACUAUCUACAGUCGUUUCAAAUGUGAUUACAGAGGAAUUAGAGGAAGAGAUUUUAUAA